AUGUCUCAUGAACCUCUCGUCACCAACCUAACCCUCUUAUAUCAAACUUUUGCCGCCUUGCACUAUAUCUCCCCGACNGACAUCUUCUCCCCACCAACCACCGUAAAUCUUGACGCCGCCACCGAAGCCGCCCUCUCCUCUGAAGCCAUCGCUCUCCUGCAACGACUACCACAACUAAAUCCUGAUCUAUACUCUCUGCCUAUACUCCCCAACGGCUCUCAAUCCGUCUUUUACGACGACGGCGACCUCGACUGGUCACGGCGCCCAACCUUUCAGCCCGAGCCAGAAAUCUCCAAACAUGCUUUUGUGCUAAGUAAUCCGAACAUCUAUGGGACGUCCCUGAUCUACGAUACCACUUCAGAAAAACUGCUGCCUUGGGAAGCUUGGGGAAAGCAUGUUGAUCUCGAGAUUGCAGAGAUUGAAAAUCCUUUCGAGAUGGAUGAUGCGAAACCAGUAGAGCAGAUUAUGGGCCCGUGGAUUGAAAAGUUGUUGAGACUUGACUGGGUGCCUUUCGGUGAAGAACUUAUCACAGAGCCCGAUGAAGCCAAUCUGGUAGCUAUGAAGGGCGAUGUAGACGUUUUAGAACACGAUCAGCUGCGUUUCAUCAAGUCCAGUUUGAGGAAUGUAUAUCUGGCUGCUGGGUGGAACGAUACCGCCAACGACUUGGAGACUGCAAAGAAAGAAUUUGAUGGUGAUCUGUUUGAGAUCAAGAAGCUCGAGUGGAUGAAAAGGACACAGGAGAUACUCGACCAAGCGUAUGAUGAAGGAUGGACAUGGUCGAGGAUCAGGACAGAUCUAGGGCUUGCGAACAGUGGUAAGGUUACGAUACUCGAUGACUGGCUACCCGAAGGAGAACAGAUGAGACACAUUGGGCUUUGA